AUGUCAGAAGAUGAUGCCAUGCGCAUUCUUUCUCACCGGCGCAGCCAUCCAUCUGGCCACGGCGAAGAAGAAGAUCUGGAACAAGUAGGAAGGCUGAUCUCUCGAAUGUUUGGUCAAGAGAGAAGGGCAAACUCCGAGGAAGAAAAGACAAGACAUGUUGGUGUUGUAUGGAAGAAUCUUACAGUGAAAGGUGUAGGUCUGGGGGCGGCUCUCCAGCCUACGAAUGGAGAUGUUUUCCUCGGUAUACCAAGACUUAUCAAGGGACUUUUCACCCGGGGAGGGAAAGGUGCUGGGUCGGGAAAGCCUCCCAUACGGACUAUCCUGGAUGACUUUACGGGAUGUGUUCGUCCAGGUGAGAUGCUUCUCGUUCUUGGUCGUCCUGGUUCUGGGUGCUCGACCUUUUUGAAAGUACUCGGUAAUCAAAGAAAUGGAUAUGAAAGUAUCGAGGGAGAUGUGCAUUAUGGGGGAACGGAUUCCAAGACUAUGGCACAUAAAUAUCGCUCGGAAGUGCUGUAUAACCCUGAGGAUGAUCUACAUUAUGCAACCUUGACUGUGCGAGAUACAUUAUCCUUUGCACUGAAAAGCCGAACACCAGAUAAAUCCUCCCGUAUUCCUGGUGAAACUCGAAAAGAAUAUCAACAGACCUUCCUUUCUGCGAUUGCCAAGCUAUUCUGGAUCGAACAUGCACUAGGCACGAAGGUCGGCAAUGAACUAAUCCGUGGGGUUUCUGGUGGCGAAAAGAAACGUGUAUCGAUCGGUGAAGCUAUGGUGACCAAGGCGAGUACUCAGUGCUGGGAUAACUCAACCAGAGGCCUUGAUGCGAGUACAGCUCUUGAAUACGUGCAGAGUUUGAGGAGCCUGACAAACACUGCCAAUGUAUCCACCCUGGUAGCGCUCUAUCAAGCCUCUGAAAACCUAUAUAAUCUUUUCGACAAGGUUAUCCUGAUAGAGGAUGGAAAAUGCGCAUAUUUUGGUCCCACGAGACAUGCAAAAGCUUACUUUGAGCGCCUUGGAUUUGUAUGCCCGCCUCGAUGGACAACGCCGGAUUUCCUCACAUCUGUCAGCGACCAGCAUGCAAGACAGGUUAAGAGCGGAUGGGAAGAUCGAAUCCCUCGAUCUGCAGAUGAUUUCCAAAAGAUAUACCGCAGAAGCGACAUCCUCAAGGAAACCCUUGCAGAUAUCGAGGACUUUGAAGAAGAUGUCAAGUCCCAAGAACAGGAAAAAGAAGCUGCCAGACAGAGCCACCCGAAGAGAAACUACACCAUAUCCUUUUACAAACAGGUUGCCAUUCUGACUCACCGGCAGUUCCUCAUCAUGUUUGGUGAUAAAAAGUCGUUGUUUGGGAAAUGGGGGUUGUUACUCUUCCAGGCGCUCAUUGUAGGGAGUUUAUUCUAUAAUCUCCCUCCUACGAGUGGUGGUGUCUUUACGAGAGGAGGCGUCAUGUUCUUGAUCCUCUUGUUCAAUGCCCUGCUCGCAAUGGCAGAACUCACAAUUGCCUUUGAUAGCAGGCCAAUCUUAUUGAAACACAAGAGUUUCUCAUUCUAUCGCCCCUCUGCUUAUGCACUGGCCCAAGUUGUGGUUGAUGUACCGCAAGUGUUCAUACAGGUUUUAAUUUUUGACUUGGUUGUAUAUUUUAUGGCGAAUCUUUCAAGAACAGCCUCGCAGUUCUUCAUCAACUACCUUUUUAUUUUCAUACUCACCAUGACUAUGUAUUCUUUCUUCCGGGCUCUUGGGGCACUCUGUGCAUCACUUGAUGUUGCUACGCGUAUUACCGGUGUUGCGAUACAGGCUUUGAUUGUCUAUACAGGCUAUCUUAUUCCACCCUGGAAAAUGCAUCCGUGGUUCAAAUGGCUCAUUUGGAUAAACCCCGUCCAAUAUGCCUUUGAAGCAUUAAUGGCAAAUGAGUUCUACAAUCUAGACAUCAAGUGCGAGGCACCAUCUAUAGUCCCAGAUGGUCCUAAUGCAGUAGCUUCUCAUCAAAGUUGUACGAUCCAGGGAAGUGACCCAGACCAACUGAUUGUCCGAGGAGCGAGCUAUAUUGAAGCAGCCUACACAUAUUCCCGCGCUCAUCUAUGGCGAAACUUUGGGAUCAUCAUAGCAUUCUUCAUUCUUUUUGUUGCGCUGACAAUGCUGGGGAUGGAAAUACAGAAACCCAAUAAAGGAGGCAGUGCAGUUACUGUGUUUAAACGGGGUGAAGUGCCACGGGAAGUCGAGGAUGCAUUCAACAAUAAAGAGCGUCCAAAGGACAUUGAGACAGGCGAGAAGAAUGCUGCCGUUUCUGACGUGAGCAAGACUGGAUCAGAUAGCUCUGAUGAGAAAGUCCAGGGUAUUGCCCAGAAUACAGCCAUCUUCACAUGGCAACAUGUCAACUAUACCAUACCCUAUGAAAAUGGGCAGAGAAAGCUCUUGGAUGAUGUCCAGGGCUACGUCAAGCCGGGUCGACUUACUGCUCUUAUGGGUGCUUCUGGUGCAGGAAAAACAACACUACUCAACACCCUCGCACAACGGAUAAAUUUCGGUGUAGUGACAGGCAGCUUUCUCGUUGAUGGAAAGCCUCUCCCAAGAAGCUUCCAACGAGCAACAGGCUUCGCUGAACAGAUGGACAUCCACGAGCCCACUGCAACUGUCAGGGAGUCACUGCAGUUUUCAGCACUCCUUCGCCAACCCAAAGAAGUUCCUCUGCAGGAGAAAUACGAUUACUGCGAGAAGGUCAUAGAUCUACUAGAAAUGCGACAGAUCGCCGGUGCGACAGUCGGCAAGACGGGCUCUGGCCUGAACCAGGAGCAGCGCAAGAAACUCACCAUCGCAGUUGAACUGGCAAGUAAGCCAGAGCUGUUGCUCUUCUUAGACGAACCGACGUCGGGUCUGGAUUCUCUCGCUGCCUUCAAUAUUGUUCGUUUUCUUCGACGGCUAGCGGACGCUGGACAGGCUAUUCUAUGUACAAUCCACCAGCCGUCUGCAGUUUUGUUUGAGGAAUUUGACGAUUUGCUUCUUCUGAAGAGUGGAGGAAAGGUCGUUUAUAAUGGUGAAUUAGGGUCGGACUCGAAGACGCUCAUUGAUUACUUUGAGCAGAAUGGUGGCAAGAAGUGCCCGCCGCAUGCGAAUCCUGCAGAGUAUAUGCUCGAAGUCAUCGGCGCUGGAAAUCCCGACUACAAAGGACAAGAUUGGUCUGAGGUCUGGGCCAAAUCCAAAGAGUGCAAGCAACUCUCGGAGGACAUCGAGGCCAUCAUCAACUCUCGUCGUGGUAGACAAGGCGAGGAGAAGAAGUCGGAUAGCCGUGAAUUCGCCAUGCCUCUCGCUACGCAGAUAGUGACGGUUACUAAGCGUGCUUUUGUUGCCUACUGGAGGAGCCCUGAAUAUAACAUUGGAAAAUUCAUGCUUCAUAUCAUUACAGGCCUCUUCAACACAUUCACCUUCUGGCAUUUGGGAAACAGUUAUAUCGAUAUGCAAUCUCGGCUGUUUUCAAUCUUCAUGACUCUAACAAUCGCCCCGCCUUUGAUUCAGCAACUUCAGCCACGAUUUCUCCAUUUCCGCAGUCUAUACGAAUCACGAGAGUCUAGCUCAAAGAUAUAUUCAUGGACCGCAUUUGUGACGAGUGCCAUUCUCCCAGAAUUCCCGUACUCGAUUGUUGCUGGCUCCAUCUACUUCAACUGCUGGUACUGGGGCGUCUGGUUCCCCCGCGACUCCUUCCGAUCCGGCUACACCUGGAUGCUCCUAAUGCUCUUCGAACUAUUCUACGUCAGCAUGGGCCAAUUCAUCGCCGCGUUCGCCCCAAACGAGCUCUUCGCCUCCCUCCUCGUCCCCACAUUCUUCACCUUCGUCAUCUCCUUCUGUGGCGUCGUAGUCCCAUACUUCGCCCUCCCUCGUUUCUGGCAAUCCUGGAUGUACUGGCUCACGCCGUUCCACUAUCUCCUAGAAGGAUUCCUGGGCGUUGCCGUCCAUGGUGUACCCGUGCGUUGUGUGGAUAGGGAGGAGUCGAGGUUUACUCCACCUCCCGGCCAGACUUGCCAGGAGUAUGCUGGGCCCUUUGCGGAUCAGAAGGGGGGUUAUGUCCGUGAAGUGGCGGGUGGGAUGUGUUCAUUCUGCCAGUAUUCGAAUGGUGAUCAAUUCGCUGCUAGCUUCAACGUAUUCUACGACCACAAAUGGCGGAAUUAUGGAAUCUUCUUUGGUUAUGUGAUAUUCAACUUUGCCAUUGUGUUUGGGUUCUCGUGGCUCUAUCUUCAUGGCGCCCGGGACUUGUCGCGGUGGAUCAGCGCACGGAAGACGAGAAAGAACACAAAGCAGUGA